GGACCGCCUCCGCCCCUUCUUCGCCCCGCCCCCCGCAGGCCCCGCCCCUCCAGAAGUCUGAGGCCAGGAGCUGUCGCUCACAGAGAAAGAAAAGACUUUGUUUCAAGUUUUCCCAGAGCUUUCUCGUCCUCACCGCGACUGGCAUCCCGAGCCCUCUGCGGCCCAGACAAUAUUCAGAAACCCCCCCCCUGCGGCCCCGCCCCCUCUGGACCGCCGAGGGCCUCGGACGCCCCUCAACUCCCCUGCCCCCUAAAAUCUCUUUGAUUCCUCAACUGUCCCAUAGGCCCGCAGGACCCCUCCAUGGCCAGGUCGUACGGCGGCCGGGUGCUGGCCGCGAUGAUCCUUUUGGGCAUCCCCGCGGCCGUGCUGGUGGCGCUGGGCGCGCAGCUGCUGUUCCAGCUGCAGGCGGGCCGCGCGGAACUUCGAGGACCGCGAAUCGACGUGGUGGGCCCGGAGCUGGGCGCCGGCCCUGGGCUGCCGGAGGACGCGGCCGGGGCGCUGCUGCCGCUGGCAGCCGCGCUCGCCGCGCUCGCCCUGGUGCUGGGUCUCACCUGUCUGCUUCUCGCCGCGCUCUGCGGCCACCUGGGCGCCGAGAUGGCGCGGGGACCGGGCUCCGGCAGGUCUGACUGGUUUCUCUAUGACUGCCGCCUCCUCAGACAUGUGGCCCUCGGCCUCUUCUGUUGUGGGGUCUCCGUCUACUUAGCAGCACUAUCCAUCUACGCCCUGCUUCUCUUCGAGAUCGAGACGGGUGCGGCAGCUGCCUCCAUCCUUGGCUUGGGUGCUCUGGUCCUGGUGGCGGCGCUGACCCACACUCUACUCCGGGCCGCCCGGGCCACCCGCCGUGGCCUCCAUGAGCUGUCCCCACCGCACUUUGAAGACGACCCUGUCUGCCCUUCUGAAGUCUCCAAGGCCAGCUCCAGGGCUCAGCCCCAGCAGGGUACCCAUCACUGGAGCCCCUACUCAUCCUACCCAAAACCUGGGGACUCCUUCAGAUCCAUGGUUACUGCCACAACACCUGCAGCCAUAGGGGGAGGCCGGGAGGGCAGCCUGCCUGCAUUCCGCAUGCACCGGACACUGUCUGCCAGUGAGGGGCACUGGGAAGAGGUCACUCAUGAGAUGCGUAGCAUCCUGAGCCACAGGCCAGGGGGUUCAGGGAAGGACUCCACUCUGGUGUGAGCCCAAAGAUCAAGGAUAGAGACCUAGGGUCAGGCAGCAGGAAGAGGACCCUUGUAGAGAUAGCUCCAGGCUCAACCACAGUAGCAGUAUAACUUGAUUUCUCUCUCAGUUCACAGCAUCCCUGAUGUGUGUCCUCAAGGUUGCCUCAUGGCACAAAAAGGCUGCCAGGGCUCCAACCUUUACCUUUACCUCACUCAGAGAGAAAGGCAGAGGGCCAGGACUUCUCAGGAGAUUUUGGAAGUUUUCCUGGGAGGCCUUGGGACACUUCUGCUUAUACCCCAUUGGCCAGAACAGAGUCAUGUGGCCACACUUCAAUACAGAUGAGACAAGGAAAUGUAGCUGCCCAGAAUGAAUAAGAUUCUGGUAUAGGCAGGAGGGGAGGGGAGAGCUCAGGCAGCAUUUCUCUAAACAUCUCCGUCCAUUUUACAGAUGAGGAAACCGAGGCCCAGAGAGGGGCAGUGACUCACCAAGGGUCCCACGGCCAGUAUUGAGCAUCAGAUCCAGGAUUCGAACCCAGGUCCUGUAACCCCCAUGCUGCUGAUAGUGCAAGUCUCAGACUCUGCGACUCCUUCCGGGCUGUGAGCGUUUGAAACCUGUGUGUGCGGAGCUCAGAGCAGCCCAGGGCCAUGGACGCACCUGGAGGCCUGGACCCAGACUCCUGGCUGUGGGCCUGUGGCUGAGGGCUUCACCGCUCUGUGUCUCAGUUUCCUGGUCUGUAAAAUGGGAAUGGAAGCGGUCCCUCUUCCUAAGGCUCCCGUGAGACUCCGUGUGAGCCAUUCCAGGGGCCUGUGCGUAGCAGGUCCUCAAGGCGUGUCAACCUGUGCUUCUGUCAGUCGGGGUGCCUGGUAGCAGGAAAAGGUGGGUUGAUGGCCAGUGUCUGGGACUCUUGGAACUGACAGGGCUUGGAGUGGAUAACUCAGAGCCUCAGGGGGUCUCCAGAGGCCCUGGCCCCACCCCUGUCCUGCACAACCUGAAAAUAAACUCCAUGUCACUAUUUCCA